UUUACUACACGAACUACUUAUGGUGUUUUUAACAAAUGGUAUCCCAUGUCCCAGUCAAUUUACCUCGUUUGGUUGAGAUUUGAGAUAAAAGAGUCCAAACAGGGCUUGGAACACCUCGAGUAUUCUGCUCCAGGUUAUUCGCUGAAUGAGGAGUUGCAACAAAAGUCUAAGAAAACUUAUGCUGAAUCCUUAUCUGGCUCCUCUUCAUCACAAGAGAGAGAGGACAACCCACAGACAAAGGAAGACCUGGUGAAGGAGUGCCAAGGAAACAGAAAGUUCUCUGACAUUACAAUAGAGACAUAUUACUAUGAAAAUAUGGAGGAAAACAAAGAAGAAAAAUACGAUUUGCAUCUAAAUAGAGUCAAUCAAGGCUCAGAAUCACCAACUGAUGUAGUACCUAAGCAAUUUGACAGGAAAUCUAGUUCUAGGGAACCAGAACUGACCAGAUCCAGAGAGGGAUCAGAGUCUUCAACAGCUUCCUUGGGUGGUGCUAACAAGAUGGGGCCAAAGGAGGCUUACUUUCGACCCAUCCGAUCUUACAUGGAUGAAGGCCCAGGACCAGCACCCUCUCCACCACGGUCCUAUGGAGAUGAAGGUCCAGGACCAGCACCUUCUCCAACCAAUGGAGCCUCCUCUCGGCCUGGCAGCGGAAGGAAAAGUCACAGUCCUUCUGCUCGGUACCCAGCCACUAUUCACUUUUACUCAGGAAAUCCUGCAGUUGAAUGCAUCCAGGGUGUGCUGCAUCUGUAUAAGGACAAUAAGCCGACACCUGUAAAGGGAGACCACCUACGUAGUGAGUUGAUCUGUAUGCUGUCUGUUCCUGGGGCAUACACUGUCCAUGAUCUCCUCAAGUUUACUGCCCCAGUCAGUGAAGGAAUUGAGUACAUGAGGAUUAUAAGAGAUCCAAGUCCUAACCAGUUUAUGGUACUUGUCAAGUUCAGGAGUCAGGAUCAAGCAGAUGAAUUCUUCACCACCUACAACAACUCACCUUACAAUUCCAUAGAACCAGACAUCUGCCACCUCAUCUAUGUCGCCAGGGUCGAAACCAUGAAAGACAUUGAAGGUGCCUGUCUGCCUACCCCGGGAGUUACAGAGUUGCCCUGUUGUCCUGUGUGCCUGGAGAGAAUGGACGAGUCUGUUGAUGGUAUCCUGACCAUUCUAUGUAACCAUGCCUUUCAUACUAACUGUCUGGAACAGUGGGGAGACACCAGCUGUCCUGUAUGUAGGUACAGUCAGACUCCAGAAGAGUCAGCCAAUCACAGAUGUAUGAAAUGUUCUUCACAGGAAAGUUUAUGGAUAUGUUUGAUUUGUGGUCACAUCGGAUGUGGACGUUACGUUGGUCUGCAUGCUUACAAGCAUUUUCAAGAGACCCAGCAUACAUACUCCAUGCAGUUGGGUCACAACCAGGUGUGGGAUUAUGCUGGGGACAACUAUGUCCAUCGUUUAGUUCAGAGUAAGGGUGACGGAAAACUUGUACAGGUUGGAGAAGGUGGCAGUAGUCAGGUCCAGGGAGAGAAACUUGACUCCCUGAGUUUAGAGUAUACAUACCUACUUACAAGUCAGUUGGAGUCCCAGCGUUUCUAUUUUGAAGAGAAGAUGAACUUUGUAGAACAAGAGGCUUUAGAAAGGAUACAACAGCUUGAAAAGCGACACCAAGAAAAUUUUAAUGAAUAUCAACAGGUUCAGCAAAUGUUAGCAGAGACCCGCAAAGAAAAACAGGGACUGGAAAAAAAAUCUUCUAAUCUGCACAGUAGACUAACAAAGACACUUAAGGAGUUGCAAGAGGAGAAGGAAAUGAAUAAAUGUUUACAGGAGAAUCAAGGAGCCUGGCAGAAACGUGUGGAGAUGCUUGAGGGUCAGGUUCGUACCCUGACUGUAGACAAGGAGAAGGAGAUCCAAGACCUUCAAGAACAAUUAAGAGAUGUGAUGUUUUAUCUGGAGGCACAGCAAAAACUGGCUUCCACAACAGCAGUGUCUCAGGCGGAAAUACAAGAAGGUCAUGUUGUUGUCGGGGCAACAGGAUCAACUCCAUCUCCUUCACACAAAAGAGGUAGAAAGAAGGACAGAUAACUGUGAUUUGGUACCUAAUUGUGAUAUAUAUAUUUCUAUGAUAAUGGGAGAACUUUACUGCAAUGUUUUGUUUUUUUGUUUGUUUAAAUUAUACACAUUUCUCAGCUGCCAGAAUUUUCCAUAAUAUUGCUUUAUUGAUAACUGAAAUGUGUUGAGGCAUUAUUUUAAAAGCAUUUCACACCAAGUUGUCCAUGAUUAAAACUGAAUUCUUGCAAAAUAUGUGUAAGUGUGUAACAUUCUGAAAUAAAAAGAAAAACAAGAUAAGUGAAUUUUUAUGCUAUAAUGCGAUGUCCAUUACAGUAUUCUGACAUGUAUUGUGUAGGCCAAAGAUAUCAGCAGAUCUUGUCUUCAGUGGAUAAAUGUUUUUCCUUGCCAUUGUUCAUUUUCUAGAGAAACAUUGUGAUUAAAUAGACAUUGACAGAGAAAAGGCGGAUGUUAAUAUUUUAGCAGAAUAUUACUUGUGUGUUGCUUGAUUAGUUAUUUCACUUUUUGUCUUUACUGCAAGCGGAUAACUUAUAAACAGUUUAAAAAGAUAUGUUCAUGCAUUUAUUUUUGAGAAUUAUGAUUUCAACUAGUGGGAUUUGAAGGGGGAAUGAGAGAAGGAAAGAAUCUUAAUUAAAAAAUUUAAGAAAAGCUUCUUCUUUUUUUUUAAAUAAUUUUUUUAGCUCACUAGGCCCUAAGGGCAUAUUGAGCUUAUGCUGUGGCGUGGUGUCCAGUGUCAGCGUUUUUUUUUUAAAAGAACCUACUCAAAAUAACCAAUGGACCAAAUGUUUUGAUAUUUGGUUGGUAUGUUUCUUGGAUAAAGCAUGAUAAAGUUUUCAAAAAGAAGUGACCUUGGCAUUUAUUCAAGGUCACAGGGGUAAAAUUUGCACAAUUAGGCCAAAAGGCAUGAUAUUUGGCUGGUAAUAUAUACCAGGUGCUUGCUGCAGGCCCAUUGGACCUCUUGUUUUUACCUUGUCUUAAUUCUUCAUUCUUCAGUGUUCAAGAAAAAUAUUGUGAUGAAAUAGACAUUGGUUGAACAAAAGCAGUUAGUAUUUUAGCAGAAUAUUAUUUGUGUGUUGGCUGAACAGUUAUUUCACUUUUGUUUUUGCUUUGGGCGACACCUCAUAGGUUUUGUAGAUGAAUGAGAGAAGAGAAGAAUCUUGAUACAAAGAAUGAGAAAACCUUGGUUUUUUAUAUGUAUUUUUUUAAUUGCAAUGAAAAGAUUCGGCAGUAAUGAAAACUUGGACAAACAAGUAGGUUGCUCAAUGUUAUACAUUCCUGAUUUGUUUACAAGGCAAUGAUUGGCUGAUUGUGUUUCAUGCUAUUAUAUAAAGAUUGCUGUGCCCUGAAAAUUUUUAAUCCAUAAUCAGUGACAAAGUUUCUAUGAAAGAUAUCUUAUUGUAAUUGUCUUAAUGAAAAUAUCUAGUUUUACACACCAUCAAAAGUAAUUGACAGGGUAUAUUAUAGUAUGACAUUGUCUGUUUUAUUUGUCAUGCAGUUUUCAACCAAUCUUUCUCUAACAUUGUAAACUCAAAACUCAAACACAGUAAUAUGAUUCAACAAUUUUUGAUUGAGUUAUUGCCCUUUGUUUUAUUUCCUUGUUCCUGAGAUUUUUUUUACCAAUUUCUCUAAAACUUUGACAGCUUUAUAACUAUAA